AUUACAGCUGUGGCUGAGUCGCUUUCUUCUACUGGAAGAUGAACUAUGGUCUCAAGUUGGUUCCAAACUUGGGAUAUUAAACCAUCUAUGGAUGCUUUAACAUCUCCAUAGCUUUAUCCCUCACCUAGCUGCUGAUCCUGGUCUUUAAGAUGCUGUUUGUUCAAUAAUAUUCUCUAUCAAACCUCUGAGUGUUCACAAUUUAUACUGAGAUUAUAUUUUAGGGUCCGAAAACCAAAGCACACUACACUUUUCAGAGUUUUAUUUGGAAAAAGGAAUUUUGAAAACCAUGAACACUUUUUCUUCAACUUCAACAUUAUAUUCUACAUUGAAUAGGUCUAUAUAAAUCCCAACAUAAAUUCAGUAACAUAAUAAAUCUUGAAAGCAUUGAAGGGGUUUGGAUACUUUGCAAUGCACUUCGAGUUUUAUCCCACAGCUGAUAUAAUGCUGAAGUUUGCCAGCCGUUUGGUCAGAGUCCAGAGAGCCAGACUCAGCCGGAUGUUCAAUGGAAAAAACUCCCAGGAAUGGUAAAUGUCUCUCUCUGACUUAGACAAAACAGCUGUUAAAAUAUACUUGAGGUCAGUAGAGAAAGCGUGAACCAGACAUCGAUUGUUCCAUAUUUCCACUCAAGUCUUUCCCUGUUUGUCCUGCUUUUCCUGCAAGCCUGCACUAGAUUAGAGAAAAAAGGGCUGCAGUGGCAUGUAGAGAACAUUACCUGGAAUCAUAAGGAGACUGAAAACAUCUGCCUUAGAUUUAUACACAUCAGCAGGCUGUUAAAAUUUUACCCAAGGGGAUCACAUCCAUUUCUGAGACAAAGUUUCGCAAUACCUGGGAAAAAUGACAAUUUCCAGAAUAUACAUUUUUUUUUCAGAUGGAUGGGUUUGUUAAAAGAAGUUUUAAAAUGUUUCAUUUUAAAAUACAAGACACACAAAACUCAAGAAAUUAUAUGUUUAUCUUGCACUGAAUAUGCUCAUUAGAACAAAAAAUUCACCCAUGCAAUGGAAAUAAUAACUCCAGAGCCUUGUUUUGCAUUCAGAUGUUUGCAAUUAUUGUAAUGGUGAUGAAAUUCUGACCAAACUGUAUACAUAAGACAGUACAGAGAAGCAACUCCCCAGCAAUUAUAACCAAACACCAGUGCUCACUUACAGUGCCACCAGUGAGCAAGGACACUCCCCUUUACUUUAAAAGCUGUGUCUGUGGACAUAAAAACAACAUCUUACCUCUGCCUUGUGAGAUUUGUCUGUUCACCUUCAUCUGUCGACAGGAGACUUAUGAAAUCUUUUCUCGAGGUGUGUGCUUGGUGACUGGAAUGUGUUUUAAAGCAGCAGCUCUAUGGCUGGUGCUGCAGCAACUGCUGCUCACUGUCGCAGCUCAGGGUAUUGUCUACGACCUGCUGGUGUCUCCAGACUGCCUGCCAGACUUGCUCCAAGGAAGCCUGAAGAACAAAGGCAGGGAUGAGGCGUUCCUCCUCUCCUCCUUCAGGCUCCAGAACAGGGCCCCCACCUCUCUGUUCAGUGUGCUUAACCCCAAGGACAACAACAAGUACCUGGAGCUCAGUGUGCAAGCCAAACUGAGCAAAGUGACGCUUCGUUACCAGAAGACCGACGGCAGGUUUGGGACCACCAGUUUCAACCACGGAUCCCUGGCAGAUGGACGGGAGCACCACGUCAUGAUGCACGCCAGCGGCCUCCAGCGCGGCCCACCUCGCCUAAACAUCUACGUCGACUGCAGGCUCGCUCAUACUGUGAAUGACCUGCCGGCCGCGUUCGGGUCACUCCCACCUGGGCCCAACAAGGUGGCACUGAGGACCCUGCAGUCAAGUGGACAGGAUAAUCUGACAGACUUGAAGUUGGUUAUUGAGGACACCAUCGACAACGUGGCCACCCUGCAGGACUGCAGCAUGGAACCUACAGAGUCUCUGCACCUGCUGGGUUUCCAGGGAGGCCGGGUGGUACAGAGUCAGACCACCAUGCAGGAGCUGAAGAGCAUGCUGUCUGAGAUGAGGGAGCUGCUCCACAAGCAGAUUAAGGAAACAAACUUUCUGAGGAACACCAUUGCUGAGUGUCUGGCUUGUGGACUCGGAGGCAGUCCCACCAACCCUGUCCCAGGUCCGAGUCCUGAGCAGGUGGUCUUUCCUUCCCAUCUGACUGGGUGCCCACCAGGGACCUGUUUCAGACAGAACAUGUGCAUUUCCUCAGAGUCAGGGGGCUUCCAGUGUGCCCCCUGUCCCGAUGGAUACACAGGAGACGGGGUUCACUGUGACGACGUAGAUGAGUGCAGCUUUAAUCCAUGUUUCCCUGGCGUCCGCUGUGUGAACACCGCUCCUGGUUUUCGCUGUGAGAAAUGCCCUGUGGGAUACACAGGAUCAGAGAUCAAUGGCGUCGGAGUGUCUUAUGCCAAAUCACACAAACAGGUGUGUGAAGACUUAGAUGAGUGUCUGGGCCCUCCUGAGAACGGAGGCUGCACCCCCAACUCCCUCUGCUACAACACUAUUGGCUCCUUCCGAUGUGGAGAGUGUAGGGCUGGUUUCACUGGCGACCAGUUGACAGGCUGUCAUGGCACCAGACUGUGCCCCAAUGGUCAGCCGAACCCUUGUGACGUCAAUGGGGAGUGCAUUGUGGAGAGAGACGGAAGCAUUAGUUGUGUGUGCGGUAUUGGUUGGGCUGGUAAUGGUUACGAAUGUGGGAAGGACACAGAUAUUGAUGCAUAUCCAGACAAUAGUCUUAUGUGCAGAGAAGACAACUGUAACCAGGUACUCCAUUCCUACAUCCUCCUCCCAUACUCACGUUUAACCCAAGCUUGCAUCAGAAACUAUUUUUUGUGUGUUUUCCAGGACAACUGUGUGUUUGUGCCCAACUCUGGCCAAGAGGAUGCAGACAGGGACGGGUCUGGUGACACCUGUGAUGAUGAUGCAGACAAUGACGGCAUCAUUAACGUAGAUGAUAACUGCUGGCUGGUCCCAAAUGUCGACCAGAAGAAUAGUGAUAAAGACAUCCAUGGCGACGCCUGUGAUAACUGCAAAACAGUCCAAAAUCCCUCACAGAGGGACACGGACAAGGACGGACUGGGAGACGAAUGUGAUGACGACAUGGACGGAGACGGCUUGAAAAAUGUUCUUGACAACUGCCAGCGAGUCCCGAACCCAGAUCAGGCAGACAGGGACAAUGACGGCGUAGGGGACGCGUGUGACAGCUGUCCUGAUGUGGCCAACCCUAAUCAGUCGGACUCAGACGAUGACCUAGUAGGAGAUACCUGUGAUGACAACAUAGACAGUGACGGUGACGGUCACCAGAACACGAAGGACAACUGUCCCACUGUCAUCAACUCGUCUCAGCUGGACACGGACAAGGAUGGAAAGGGAGAUGAAUGUGACGACGAUGAUGAUAAUGAUGGCAUACCAGACAGUGAAGAUAAUUGCAGACUGGUUCCCAACUCAGAUCAAAAGGACUCAGACAUGGACAAAGUUGGAGAUGCAUGUGAGGGAGAUUUUGACAAGGACAACGUGAUUGACAUCAUCGACCACUGCCCUGAGAACGCUGAGGUCACGCUGACCGACUUCAGAGCCUACCAGACCGUGGUGCUGGACCCAGAGGGAGACUCACAGAUAGAUCCCAACUGGGUGGUACUCAACCAGGGUAUGGAGAUAGUCCAGACCAUGAACUCUGAUCCUGGCCUUGCUGUUGGCUAUAAAGCCUUCAGUGGCGUUGACUUCGAGGGAACUUUCCACGUGAACACAGUGACGGACGAUGAUUAUGCUGGUUUCAUUUUUGGCUACCAGGACUCGUCCUCCUUCUACGUAGUGAUGUGGAAACAGACAGAGCAGACCUACUGGCAGGCCGCGCCCUUCAGAGCUGUCGCUGAACCAGGAAUACAAUUGAAGGUGGUGAAGUCUAAGACAGGUCCUGGUGAGUACAUGAGGAACUCCCUGUGGCACACAGGAAACACGACGGACCAGGUGCGUCUUCUGUGGAAGGACCCCAGGAAUGUCGGCUGGAAGGACAAGGUUUCCUACCGCUGGUUCCUCCAGCACAGACCGCAGGUCGGAUACAUCAGAGCUCGUUUCUUUGAGGGGUCCAAACUGGUGGCGGACACCGGGGUGAUCAUUGAUACCAGUAUGAGAGGUGGGCGACUGGGUGUGUUCUGUUUCUCUCAGGAAAACAUUAUCUGGUCCAAUCUGAAGUACCGCUGUAACGACAACAUUCCUGAUGACUAUCAAGAGAUGGAAGGGGUAGAACACUGAAGGGGGAUUUUACCACAAAGAAAGACGCUGAGAUGUGUUGCUGUGGUAGGUCAUAGGUCAGAGGACAGAGGACAGCGGAAGUGUUGGAAGAAAAAGAAACCAUUUCAGUGAUGGCGUUUAGAGGAGCAGAACAUCGUGUUUUAUAUCCUUUGUUGAUUCAAUAAGUAAACCAGCAGUUUUUUCUCGUGUUUAUGCAAUAUAUCUUCAGUUUAUUAGUGCUGCUCAAACAUAAUAAGUUUUCAAUUAAUAUUUCUUAAGUAUAAUAAAAGCUGCCAAAUGUAAAAAUGUUUUUUUUUUUUACAUAUUUGUUAAAACUGUUACCAUGUUGUGACAGUAUAAAAUGAGGAAGCUCCAUUUUUUUCACAGAUUAUCUGUCUUAUAUUGUCACGACAAAGUGAGUUUUAACAAAUAUGUAACAGGGUUUUUGUUUUUGUUUUUUAAAUAAAAGUUACAUACGGCAACUUUAAGUAAAAUGAAUCUAGAAAACUACACACUUUUAAGUAACUUUUAAUCUCUGGAAUGAUGACAACUAGAUGAAUUGCUUGCUUGAGCUCCAAAUUUCAGUUUUAGGUUACACUAUGUAGGUACACUCACUCAUAUUCAAUUAAAUGUCUCUAAGAAAGCUUCUGGCAUAAUUUAGAUGGACACUGACAUCUCUUAUCAGAACUGGUAGCAAGUGGAGGAAAUUUCUGCAUCUAUGAGUUUAAAGUUUCUCUCCUGACUCGAAUUAAAAAGCGAAGUAGAGCAAGUGCAGGUUAUAAUUUGUUGUAUAUUCUCCUUAACUAUGGACUCGAUAUGCAGCUUGUCCUCAAGAGUUGUGCGUUCUGACCCUGUUUUUAACAAUAUUUAAUUGACCUUGUGUGACCUAGAUAAAAUCCACGAUGAAUUAAAAUUUAUUGAAGUUGUUGUAUAAUGAAUAAAGGCCCUAAAUUACUGUAUGUGUCAUCUGAACUUUUCUACCGAUCUGCAUGCAGAAAACAACAUCUGAUGGCAUGUUAUGUAUGUUUUAUUGAAACAAUGUGCGCAUCAUGACACCUACAACGUUGUAUUUCAAACAUUUUGGUCAAGUUACCGUCAGUCAGAAAACUUCGCUUACGGUGGUUUUCAAUGUCUUUCUUUAUUGAUUUUUUUUCUCCCUGUUUCAAAGCACCAUUAAAUUUCUACAUUCACAUUAAUCACUGAAAUGCAGAAACAAAUGAAUAUCAGAAGAGUUUACAAUGAAGCAUACUUUCAAAAUAAAAUGCCAGCUCUGUUGCUAUGUAUAAUUCUGUCUCCUUUUUCAAAACAUGUUAAGCGAGCGAUUGGACGACGAAAAGAUUGAAGGAACUGUUCAGCACAAGCAAACAGCUUUGCAGGGUGAUGUCAUUUUUUAUUUUUUUUUUCUAUAAUACAAUUUAACUCGGCUGUAAAUUCAACAUCCAGUGUCGAAUAAAUCCCUUUUGACAUCAGCUGUGCUGGCUGUUUCGUAGACAUCAUGAUGACGAAGAAGCUUAAAAACGUUUAACAGUGAUUACAUAAGUCAGCAAAUACAUAAUGUUUAUAGUUGUAUCUUUUUCUGCAACAGAGCAAACAGUGUGAGCAGUUCUGCUGGCUACCUUUGGCAAAUGCAAUGUUGAUUCAGUGGAGCUCUUCCAGAGAGGUGGCACUUUA